AUGGAGGAUUGUAUAAGGAAACUGGCCUUGUGGCACACGAGAACCUUCAAGCCCGUUAUGACGCACGACGAGCUCGAACCGAUCAUGUCCACCAUGGGCUUCAUCCCCCACCAGGCCACCGGAGGAUUCAAGGAGUACUCUUUCCUCUCUUCUCCCACCGAUCACCCCAGGCCCAGGCUCCCCUAUCCCCACAUCGACGGCCUCCACAUUAGCACCUACCAGUCCUUUCUCCACGCCUUGGCCUUCUUUCUUCAUGUAUCCGAUCUCUUCCACGUCAGGGGAAUGCCGCUGCAACGUGUCAAAGAUAAAAACAGAAAAUGGCGUCGCAUGGAAGAUGAUGAAACUGUGUUUGUGUACCGAGAUGGAACGUUGGAGAAGUCGAGCCACGGUUUGAGCAGAGAAGAGUCGUACCCACAUGUUCUCAUCCACCAUCAACCGCUACCUCAUUGCACUCUUCUUCCCCUCAAGGACAUCACUCACUGUCUGGGUUUGUUUUGAGCUGAGCCCUUUUCUCAACAACUUCUUAUGAUAUAUUUUUUUAAUAUAUACAUUAGCUACCUAGAAUGACAAUUUUUAGCUUCAUUGUCUACUCUAGUUCUUG